AUGGUAGAGAGAUGGCGAAAGGAGACACAAUGCUUCAAUUUUCGUGAAGGCGAGUGCACCAUCACACUUAAGGACAUCGCCAUCCUAACCGAUCUCCCCAUCGAUGGUUGGCAAUAUGAGUGGUUGGCAACAUUUUAUAUGGACGGUCACCGGGUUGUGUCCGCCAGAAAAGGGAGAUCAUGA